CGACACGCUCACGCGUCGAUCGACGACCACUGAGGUCACAUUUCUCAUCACCAGCUCAAACGCCCCUUUUUUUCACCACGCAAAAAUAAACCCAAGACCGGACCGCGUCUUUCUUUGCAACUCGCGUAGGGCAGACACUCACAGACAUCCCCCGACAUUGAUGGCGGCCAUGGAACCGCCUCCACCACCACCGCCAUCCGCGGCAGCUCUGCAACACCAGCAGCAGCCACCACCACGUCAUGAACAACAACAACAGCAACAACAACCCCCAUCCCUCCCCGGACGCAUCCUCUCCGAGCUCGGCCUCGCCGCCCUCGCCCGCGCCCCCCGCGACGUCAAGCUCCUCGUCCUGCAGCGCCUCGUCCGGCUCUCCGCCUACGGCGCCUCCACCCUCGUCCUCGUCUCCCUCCUGCGCGCCCUCGGCCUCUCCCGCGCCCAGGCGGGGCUCUUCAUGACCCUCACCCUCGUCGGCGACGUCCUCGUCUCCCUGCUGCUCGGGCUCGCCGCCGACCGCCUGCUCGGGCGCCGCGCCGUGCUCGCCCUCGGCGCGGCGCUCAUGGCCGCCAGCGGGCUCGUCUUUGCUACCACCGCGACCUCCUCCACUGCUGAUAGCCCGGGGAGCGAGGCAUCAUCGUCUUUAUCGUCUUCAUCGUCGUCGUAUUCGUACGCCCUCCUCCUCGUCGCCGCCGUCCUCGGCGUCAUCAGCCCCAGCGGCAACGAAAUCGGCCCCUUCCGCGCCGUCGAGGAGAGCGUCGUCGCGCACCUCACCCCGCCGCCCGACAGGCCCGACGUGUACGCGUGGUACAGCCUCGCGGGCACGGCCGGCUCGGCGCUCGGCAUGGUGACGUGCGGGUGGGCCGUCGAGGCGGCCACGGCGAGGCUCGGGUGGGCGCUGCUGGACGCGUAUCGCGCCGUCUUCGUCGCCUACGCCGCGCUCGGGCUCGUUAAGCUGGCCCUCGCCCUCGCCCUGUCCCCCGCCGUGGAGGCGGAUGAGGGGAAGGCUCGGGAGCGGUCCCCGGCAUUGACUGCCCCUCCUUCUGCUGGUGCUACUGCUGCUGCUGGCGCCUCGGCAGAGGAGACGACGCCGCUGCUGCUGAGCGCCCCUGGAGAGGGAGAAAUGGAAGGAGAAGAGGAAGAGGAAGAAGACGCCCGGGCCAAGAAGUCCGCAGACGCCAGCUCCCCGCAACGCUGGUGGACAGCCAUGCUACCGCCCCUCAGCCCCGAGAGCAAGGGCAUCGCCACCGCGCUGUGCCUCCUCUUUGCCCUCGACUCGUUUGCGUCGGGCCUCGCUCCCUUGUCCUGGGUCACAUACUACUUCCGCUCCCGCUUCAACCUCGACGAGGGCCGCCUCGGCUCCGUCUUCUUCACCACGAGCCUCAUCUCCGCCUCGUCCGUCAUUGUCGCCUCCGCGCUGGCCAAGCGCCUCGGCAACGUCAAGACCAUGGUCUUCACACACCUCCCCUCCGCCCUCUUCCUCGCCCUCAUCCCCCUCCCCUCCACGCUCGGCCCCGCCAUCCUCCUCCUCGCCCUCCGCGCCUGCACCCAGUCCAUGGACGUCGCCCCGCGCUCCGCCUUCCUCGCCGCCGUCCUGCUCCCCGGCGAGCGCACCGCCGUCAUGGCCGCCGUCAACGUCGCCAAGACGGCCGCCCAGAGCCUCGGGCCCCUCAUCACCGGCGUCCUCGCGGGGCGGGACCUCUUCUGGGUCAGCUUCGUGGCCGCCGGCUCCCUCAAGGCCUGCUACGACCUCGGCCUGCUGGCUGUCUUUAAGAACCGCGAGCAUCGUGACCGUGACUAUGCGCGCGACGAGGAGAACCCCUGAGGCUGGCAGGCAUUACCUUCGCGGCACGUCAUGUAUAUUGAAUACACAGCCAUUCAUCUUGCCAUAGAUCGUAG